GUUCAGUUCAAUGCGGAAGAAAAACACAGACGAAGCUUAGUCUGAAUUCUUGAGAAACUUACACAGACCCGAGGCAAGUUUCCAAGUUUCUGCAGGUUUCUCCCUGAAGUGUUUGACCUGCCAGGUCAAAAAACAUGUGGCCAAAUCAAGGACCUCCCCCUCCAGUGGGACCACCAAACCCUGCCUACCCUCCUGGUUACAACCCUGCAUAUCCUACUGCACCUGCUUCAGGAGUCUUCCCCCAGCCUCCAAAUCCAGCUUACCCAUCUGGCCAGUACCCAGCUGGUAUGAACCCAGCUAUGGUACCAAAUGCACCUCCUGGGGUGAUGCCUUAUGGAGCUCCAGGACCUCAUCCUUACCCUAUGGCUCCAGGUGGAUAUCCAGUGGUCCCUCCUGGAGGUGUUCACCCAGGACCAUACCCACACUCUCCAAAAGGGGGUCACCAUAAAGGUCAUCAUGGAGGGAUGAAUCCAAUGGCUGGAGCGUUAGCCGGAGGAUUGGCAGGAGCGGGAAUGGGGAUGGUUGGACACAAAGCCCACAAAAAGAUGAAGAAGAAGAUGAAGAAAGGACAUAAGAGCCACAAGCAUGGGCACCACAAACACGGCAAGUCCUCCAGCAGCAGCAGUAGCAGCAGCAGUAGCAGUGACUCAGACUGAGACCACCAGUUCGAAAGACACGGCUUUCUCAGAAAUGCUGCUUCACAAAAGAGCAGCCUCAGUAUAAAUCAUAAACACUCAAACACAAUUGUUUUCACUUUUAACAGGAUUUAUGGAAAAUAUAGUAUUUUAUCAUAUCUAUUAUAUGCUACAACACUAAAAAUGUAUGCAUAGGAUGUGAGCAUCCACACAGCAUUAAUCUUUAUUGGCACUCUAACAUUUCAUGAUUUUUAUGGUGUUCAUGUCAAACUUUCUGUAUUUAUGUUUUCUGUUUAAUAGUAAAAAUACAUACACUAGUGUGCAAACAUAUUGAAAUAUUCUGAAGAGGGAAUACAGCAAUCUGCACACAACUUUCUUAAUAGACAGAUUAAUCUUCGGAUUUUAGAGAAAAUCUAACAUUGUGAUUUAGUAAAACCAAAAAAAAUGUAAAUAUGUUUUUUCUUUCUCAGAAAGAUUAACUUAGAGGUGGAGAUGAUACUGAUGAAUGUCUUCAUUUAGGCCUACUGAUUUUUUUUUCUUUUUUAAUUUUAUGUUUAUCACUGUACAUGACUGCAGAAAAACACCAAUCUUCACUGCUUUGUAUCUGCACUAAUUGUAAUUACAUAUAAAGGACCUUCAAUUAAUCCUGCUUAAUAAAUACGUGUAAAUGAGAA